AUCUACUACCAAUGCUACUGCUUCAGAAACUAUUGCAAGCAUAAGUGAAGCAGAGGUUGUUAAUAGAAGUGAUAGUGAAAAUGCACUUGGCGAUGGAACUACUGAUGAUAAUAACGGGGAUGAUAUUGCAAGGAAGGAAGUGUUGCCUAGGAAAGGAUCAAAACCUCAGUUGAAGUAUACAUAUUCUGAAGAUCAAUGGUCACCACUGAACCCUGAAGGGAAGAAAUGUUACGACCGAAACUUUCUGUUGCAAGUUCAAUUUUCCGAAGCCAUCACUAAACCCGACCUUCCCCCGCUUGACAUCGUUCUCAGCAAGCCAAACCUGAGCAGACAAGAUUCCCUCCUGUCGAAUGCCAGCGGUGGAGAACAAUUUCCAAAUGACUUUUCAAAUUAUGUCCGAUCAUCAUCCUCUUCUAUGAACAGAGGAUACUCGGCAAAGAAAGGACAAGAAGGUAACAGGCAGAACCAGGCCAAACGACAACUGAGCAACGAUCAAGUCCAGAGGAAAGUUAUCGAAUUUAGGCUUCAGAAUGACAUAACUCUGCAUACAGCUGAAAAUGCAUGGAAACCUAAGAAAGAAGCUUCAAGUGAAACCGAGGUUGUUUACAAGAAAAUUCGUGCCAUCCUGAACAAGUUAACUCCCCAGAAGUUUCAAACUCUCAUUGAGCAGGUCCGACAUCUGCCCAUCAACACAGAGGAAAGAUUGAAAGGGUGCAUUAAUAUCAUAUUUGAAAAGGCUGUCAGUGAACCAAACUUUGCAAUUGCCUAUGCCAACAUGGCUAAAUGCCUCUUUGGGAUGAAUGUACCAUUGGAUUCAAAGCCUGAGGAAACGGUUUCAUUUCGGAAGCUUCUGCUUACCAAGUGUCAGAUUGAGUUUGAGAAAGAUAAGGAGGAGGAGGAGGUGAUAGCUGUUAUCCAAUCCAAGAUAGAUGAUGCUACCUUGAGUGAAGAUGAUAAAAAAAAAUUAAUUGAAGAGAAGAACGAUGCAAUGUGGAAAGCCAAGAAACGUUCACUAGGUAAUAUAAAAUUCAUCGGGGAGCUCUUCAAACUAAAGAUGCUUACAGAGAAAAUUAUGCACGAAUGUUUGACAAAGUUGUUUAAAUUCACUGAGGAUGAGGAUAGUCUAGAGUGCCUCUGCCAACUUAUGUCCACCAUUGGAAAAGAUAUAGAUCAAGGCCCAUCAAAGAUUCACAUGGAUGCCUAUUUUGAUCGCAUGAAGAACUUUGUGAACAUGAAGAAAUCCUCACAGAGAAUCCGCUUUAUGAUGCUAGAUGUUAUCGAUCUCAGGAAAUCGGGCUGGGUGCCGAGACGAGAGAACAAUCCAAAGACAAUCGAUCAGAUUCACCAGGAAGCCAAACAGGAAGAAGAAGAGAGGCAACAGAAGGCUGCUAUGUUUGAUCAGGCACAGAGGAAAAAGCAAGCGGAGCAUCGUUUCAACCAGCCCAACAUGAUGUCUCAAUCGUCCAACAAUAUCAAAGAAGAUGGUUGGACAAAUGUUUCUAGACCACCCAAGGCCACUCCUUUGGACAUGUCGAAAAUCAAACUGACCAGGACAAAUGUGGAUGACAACAUACAGUUGGGACCCGGUGGUCGAGGUGGCUGGGGUAGAGGUAGCAUGGGUGGUGCUGCAUUGAAAGCUGCUGCACCUCCAGAACCUGAAAAACCAUUAUUAAACAGAUUUUCCCUCCUCUCAAAUUCGAUUGAUUCAACGACGGACUCAUCAAGAUCAGGAGCGAGCCUACAGCUUCCAUCUCGUGACUCAUACAAGGGUAGGUCGUCAGGACCACAGAACCAGUCUAAAGUUCAAACUCUAGGAAGAAGCUCACACGAAAAACCUUCAUAUCAAUUGUCAGAAGAAAGACCCAAAUCACCGCAGCAACAACCAAUGAUACCCUUUCAGCAUUCACAUUCACUCCGACCACAACAACCCAUCACUGAAUCGCUAAUGAUGACAACGACGCCACUUACAAUGACGACGACAACUAAAACAUCAGCAUCAGUUUUAUCAUCUGAGGAGCUAGAGCGAAAAGCUCAAAAUAUAAUCGAUGAAUACUUACACUUGAACGACGUUAAAGAAGCUCUGGAAUGUAUCGCUGAUCUCAACGUAAAAGAAAACGAACUGAACGCUCGUCGAUUUUUCUACAAAUCCAUGGAGUACACAGUUGAGAGAUCCAGUCAAGUUCGAAACCAGAUAGGCACGCUUCAUCGCCAUCUAUUGAAGAAAAAUCUUGUUCAAUCACCCUUAUGUUACACUGCAGCACUCACCAGACUAUCACACUUUGCACUUGAUGCAGUUAUUGACAUACCUCAAAUCUGGGAGUACAUUGGGGAAAUCGUCUGUCCACUUUUCUUGGAGAGUCAUGAUAUUCCAUUAAACUUUUUAGUGGCUCCGUUUGCCAGGAUCAAGGAAGAGGAAGACUUUGAGUACUGUGGAGCUGACGUUGAGGAUAAUAGGGCUAGAUUGAUGGCAGUAGUUGUUGAUGCUCUCAGCAAACAUCUGGGCCACCAUGCAGCCAGUGAUCUCUGGAAGAAGUCAAAAUUGAAGUGGGAAGACCUGGUGAAAUGUACACCAGUCACAGAAUUCGUCCGCAAAUUUGUAAGUGGAUUACCAAUAGAGCCAUAAAGUGCGAGCGUUUCGUUUUGUAUUUUAUGUAAAUUAUAUUAGGAUAACAGUAUUUUUAUAUAAUGAAAGGAUAAAUAGGUAAAGGUAUUUAUAUAUAUUGCAAUAUAUUCCUCAUUGUCUUUCAACCUAUUACGUUGUACUUAUUUAUAUAUGUAUUUUUAUGUAUUUAUUUGUGCUUCAUAAAAAUAAAAAUGACAUUUAAAGUGU